AUGGAGCCUACAACAGGUCGAGGUGUCGGCGGCGACGGCGACGUUUCCGAGGAUUUCGCGCAGGAGACCUGCUCUGAUGACCACGCGCGGGAAGUCGUCAGCAUCGAGACCUGUGAACCCCUUGGCCAGUUCAGACAAGAGUGCGCGCUCGCCUUCGCCAGCGCGGCAGCGGCGGCAACGCGCGCGGCGGCGGCCCCCAUCGACGAGGCACUCAAGCGGCUCAAGGACUCUAUCAAAGCGGCUCCCGGAGAAGAACCAGCAGCAGCAGCGGCAGCAACAGCGCGCGCCAAGCCCGAGCUCAAAGAUUUCGAAAAGCGCAUCCAGAGCCAGCUCGACAGCCAACCGCGCUCCACAGCGCCCCAAGCCUGCAGAUCGGAGCUUCAAAAGGUCGACCCGACUAUCCUCAUAGUCACAGCGUCCGCCCUCGUCAUUCGAGACGCCGCUGCCCAGUCGCUCGACUCCCAGCUUAAGGGCGCGGACUUAGUCGGCACGUACCGCGUUGAAGGGGAACUACAGUCGAAGCUCUUCGCGGUUCAGUUCACAGGAGCUGCUGGCAUCGCCGCGCGGCGUGUCCAUCAGGCGCCCAGCGCGCUUAAGAACGAGGACGGGUGGCCAUGCCCAGGGCGCGGGUCCAACGCCGUCUUCUGGAACGACAAGGGCCCGGACCAGAAAGGACGCAAACGGGGGCGCAUGCGCGACCUCAUCCACCCCAUCGUGUGCGUAGGCGCCCAACCAGAGUGGGGCCUUUUGCAGAUUUCUGCAGUUGCAGCACGAGGUGUACCUCGGGUCGACAGCGACUUCCGUUGCGAAAAAAAAAUUUCGCUCGUGACCUGGAACGCCCGUGCACUGCUGCGGUGGAGAGGUGGCAUGGCGCUCGAGAUGGCUGACCACCCACGGCAAUGCGACCUGCCCCGCGCCAUCGCAGCUCUCCAGGAGGCCCGCCAGAGCAGGCGGCAUAUCGAGGUUUUCAUGGAGAAGAUUCUGCCGCGCUGGGAAAUUCCCGGCCCCUUCUUCGACCUGGCGGAUGGGCGCAAGAAGGGGGGCGUCGCCGCAGCGACGCCGCUCUCCGAAGCUGCGGCCAGCUCGGCCAAGGCGGUCGUCUACGCCAAGGGCAGCGCACUGAAGGCGACGCCUGCAUGGGUGAUCAGUCAGAUGAGCAUCGAAGGCACGGCGGUCAGAGCUCCUGAGCAGCGUCGCGACCGCGGCAUCUCGGACUACGCAGCCCUUAAGACCGUCACCCAGCACCGAUUGCAGCGCCCUCGCUCUGAGCAGAACUUCCCGGCGGAGAUGUGCAGCAGACCCGGCUACGCCGCGACGUUGGAGAAGAUCGCCCAGCGCGGGGCUCGCCGCGCGGGCGGCCUGGCGCAGCAGUGCCGAGCUGGCCCGGACGGUGUGGACCAGGAGGUCGUCGACGUCCCCGAGGCUGGAUGCGGCGCUGGAGCACUCCCAGUGUGCAGCCACAACGCCAACCUCGGAAGCGAGAAGGAGAAGGAGGACGAGGCCCAGAAGCUGAAGGACCCCUUGUUCCACGCGCGGAUCCGGCGCACACUCGGCGCACCCGCCGGGGGCAGCAAGGAGUUCACGGGGUUCGUGGAGGAGGUGGAGCAGGUGAAGGGUACCGGGGAGAUCCUCUACCGCGUGCAGUACUCCGACGGCGAGCUGGAGCAUUAUACGGCGGAUCAGGUCAGGACGUUCCGCGACGGCGUACAGGAGGAGUCAAGCGCCGGAGGUGUCCUCGGGCUGCAGCUGGACGCGGCCAAGCGCAGGCUGAGCGAGGUGUCGCCGUCACCGGCCAUGACCGAGGCCGUGCUCGGCGCACUGCGGCAGGGCUUCGAGGCCAUGCUGCAGAGCGUGGGCUCCGCGUUGGCGCAGUCGGCGGGGGCGCAGGGCGGGGCUGCCGCCGCAGCGGCCUCUCCCAAGAAGCCUGCGCCAGCCUGGGUGCCAGCCGCCAAGGCGCCCGCGACCGCCUCGAAGCCUAUGCCACCCAAGCCGGCGGCGACCGCCAAGCCCGCGCCGGCCGCGGAGCCGCCGGCGGGCGCCAAGCAGCCAGCAGCCGCCAAGCCGCAGCCGGCCGCCGCAAAGCAGGCCGCGGCCACCGCGCCGCCGGUCGCAGCGGCCGCCAGGCCCGCAGCUGCAGCGCGGCCGACGGCCGAGCCGCCAGCGGUUGGGAGCCAGCCGGCCGCUGCCAAGCCUGCGAUCGCAAAGCGGCCGGCGGCCGCCAAGCCACCGGCCGCGGCCGACGAGCACCCGGCGAUCGCCAAGCGGCCAGCGGCCAGCGCGCCAGCGACACUCCAGCAGCCGGCGGCCGCCAGGCCAGCGGCUGUCAAGAAGGCGGCCGUGGCCACGCCUGCGGUCGUUAAGCUGCCAGCUUCGGCCAAGCCACCUGUUGUCAAGCAACCGGCGGCUGCAAAGCCAGCACUAGCCAAGCGGCCAGUGGCUCCUCCAGUGGUGAAGCAGCCGUUGGUUUCGAAGCCCGCGUUGGUGAAGCAACCGGCGAUCGCAAAGGUAGUUUUGGCUAAGGAGGCAGUCGCGAAGCCAGCAGCUGCCGCGUCCUCAGUGUCUCAGUGGCCGCUAUGUGGGAUGAGUCGUGGAUAUGUCUGA